UCGGCAACAAUUUCAAACAAGACGUUAAAGGCGACCGUGCCUGCCAGCGACUGUCCAGGAGCCCAGAAAUUCCUGCCAGGACUCCAGCCUCAACACACGGUUCAUAAGCCAAGUCAAAUUUAAAUCUCACUAAAGUUUGAAAAGUGCGCGCAUCCUUGCCGAGUUUAAAGGUCCUUAAAUAAAAGUAAUAACAAAUAACUAAAAGAUGCCGUUCGCCCACGAGCAACUAAAUCUGGUCGCCAGCGAGCAGCUGAGCAAAACGGAGACCAUCAAGCUGCGCAACCAGCACAUCGGGCAAGCCUGCCAGCUCUUCUAUCGCUCUGAUCCUCUAAAAAUUGUACGCGGCCAAGGUCAAUAUAUGUUCGAUGAGGAGGGCACCCGAUAUCUAGACUGCAUUAAUAAUGUGGCUCAUGUGGGUCACUGUCAUCCGGAGGUGGUGCGAGCUGGAGCCUUGCAGAUGGCCACCAUUUCGACGAAUAACCGCUUUCUUCAUGACGAGCUGGUCCAGUGCGCCCGCACGCUGACCAGCAAAAUGCCGGAGCCACUUUCCGUGUGCUUCUUUGUCAAUUCCGGAUCAGAAGCCAACGACCUGGCCCUGCGUCUGGCCCGCAACUUCACAAAGCGCCAGGAUGUUAUCACUCUCGACCAUGCCUACCAUGGCCACUUGCAGUCGGUGAUGGAGGUGUCACCCUACAAGUUCAACCAGCCGGGUGGCGAGAUCAAGCCCGACUAUGUGCAUGUGGCCCCCUGUCCGGAUAUUUACGGCGGAAAGUUCACGGACAAGAUGUAUCCGAAUGCGGAUAUGGGUGCCCUGUAUGCCCAGCCCAUCGAGGAGAUCUGUGAGAGGCAGAUGGCCAAGGGCCAGGGCGUGGCCGCCUUCAUUGCCGAGAGCUUGCAGAGCUGCGGUGGCCAGAUUUUGCCCCCGGCCGGAUAUUUCAAGGCCGUUUACGAGGCGGUACGCUCCGCCGGCGGUGUUUGCAUUGCCGACGAGGUGCAGGUGGGAUUCGGACGCGUGGGUAGCCACUACUGGGCCUUCGAGACGCAGAACGUCAUUCCAGAUAUUGUGUGCGUGGCCAAGCCGAUGGGCAAUGGACAUCCGGUGGGUGCGGUGGUCACCACGCCCGAAAUCGCCAAGGCCUUCCAUGCCACCGGAGUGGCCUACUUCAAUACGUACGGCGGCAACCCGGUGUCCUGUGCCAUUGCCAAUGCCGUGAUGCGGGUGAUCGACCAGGAGGGUCUGCAGCAGAACGCCCUCGUCUUGGGGGACUAUCUGCUGGAGCAGUGCAAUCGGCUGAAGCAGGACUUCGAGUGCAUCGGCGAUGUGCGCGGCACGGGGCUCUUUGUGGGCAUCGAACUGGUCCAGGAUCGGGCCGAUCGCAGUCCGGACAAGAAGGCCGCCCACUGGGUGGUCAACCGGAUGAAGCAACUGCACCGGGUGCUCGUCUCGUCCGACGGUCCCAACGAUAACGUGAUCAAGCUAAAGCCGCCCAUGUGCUUCAACCGGGAGAAUGCCGAUGAGUUCCUGCUCGCCUUCCGGGAGUGCCUGACCGCCGUGAUGCAGGAUCGACUGGCCAGUGCCGCUUCCGCCGCCAUGGCGGCCACCAGUGGCGUCAUCGCCACCGCCGCCGAGACACUGGCCAACAAAACAAAGCUCUUCGAGCGGCAGGAUCGGCUCAUCAAGUCGGUCUGAGGCAGUGCCUGCUGGUUGGCCAAUGCCACCACCACCACCACAUCCAAGGCCUCUCCGCCAGGGCACAAAAUAGCUUUAGCCACCAAGGAUAUUUAAAUUAUUCCAAUGUCACCCCAUGUCCUUUGUCCCCCCCUUCCAAAUUCUCUCCAAAAUUUUUAUUUUAUUAGAUGUAGGCCCAUUUACCCGUAAUUUACACACACAUAUAUACGCUUUGUAACCAUUAAUAUGUUCGUCAUUUAUCUUCUAGUAUCUAGAAAGGUAGGGAAGCCCAACACGAAUUUCUUCCAUUGUUAUUUGUAUGUUUAAACCUUUGAUAAUAUUAAGUGAAAUAUGUUAUAAAUGUUAUUAAAAAGUUACGCAUAUUUUGUA